AUGAAUUCGCAGAGCCACAACGACGUGUCGCCCGAGGCGAUGCAGGCGCGCAUUCAACAAGCGCGCCGCGAGGCGGAGACUCUCAAGGACAGAAUUAAGAGGAAGAAGGAUGAGCUUGCCGAUACUUCACUGCGAAGCCUCGCCCAGGAAGCCCACGAACAAAUCCCUCGAGGUCAGCUUAUGAAGGCCAAACGGACUCUGAAAGGUCAUCUUGCCAAAAUUUACGCAAUGCACUGGUCGACGGACCGGAGACAUCUCGUCUCUGCCUCGCAAGAUGGAAAGCUCAUCAUCUGGGAUGCCUAUACCACCAACAAGGUCCACGCCAUCCCCCUACGUUCCUCAUGGGUCAUGACGUGCGCCUACGCUCCGUCGGGCAACUACGUGGCCUGCGGUGGUCUCGACAACAUCUGCUCCAUCUACAACCUCAACCAUCAGCGUGAUGGUCCGACCAGGGUCGCCCGCGAGCUUUCUGGUCAUGCUGGCUACCUAUCAUGCUGUCGCUUCAUCAAUGACAAAAGCAUACUGACCUCCUCCGGUGACAUGACCUGUAUGAAAUGGGACAUUGAGACGGGCCAGAAAGUCAUUGAGUUCGCCGACCACCUCGGCGAUGUCAUGAGCAUCAGUCUCAACCCUACAAAUUCCAAUACAUUCAUCUCCGGAGCCUGCGACGCCUUCGCCAAGCUGUGGGAUAUCCGUGCCGGCAAGGCCGUCCAGACCUUUGCGGGCCACGAGUCCGACAUCAACGCUAUUCAAUUCUUCCCCGACGGUCAUUCCUUCGUCACCGGCUCAGACGAUGCCACUUGCCGUCUCUUCGAUAUCCGUGCCGAUAGGGAAUUGAACCUCUAUGGCUCGGAAUCCAUUCUCUGCGGAAUUACCUCUGUUGCUACCUCCAUUUCAGGGCGGUUAUUGUUCGCCGGCUACGACGACUUCGAGUGCAAAGUGUGGGAUAUUACAAGAGGCGAGAAGGUUGGCUCGCUUGUCGGCCACGAGAAUCGCGUCAGCUGCCUGGGUGUCAGCAACGACGGCAUUAGUCUGUGCACGGGUUCUUGGGAUUCUCUACUCAAAAUCUGGGCAUACUAA